AUGGACUAUUCAUCAAACGAUCCCGUUCCAUCAUACGAAGAAUCGGUUGCAUCGCAACCCUUCAGCAAGACCGACAGAAAACAUGUGCCGGACCCCCAGCCUUCAUUAUCUCUGCCAAACCAACUGGCCAACACCCGAACUCAGCGCAUUGAUGCCAUCCUGAGCACCUACGUUGACCCGUUACUGUUAUCUCAAGGCGCCGCGGGAUUGUACAAGACGACAUUUAUCCUCGUGCCAUCCACGGUGUCUACUCUCCAAGAUGCCGUCAGUAACGCCUACACCGAAAUCCCAGAGCCCCAGAUCGUCGGGUUUCCCACCAACGAAGUCGUCAAACUCAUUCGACUGAGCGGACAAGAGUACGCAAUGGAGUUCUGGCGUCAACCAGCUGUCGUCACGGAGCUAGAAUCCUCCAUGAAAGCCCGACUCGUGUCUUCCGGGCACAGGCUUUGCGAACCGGACGACCCGAGGACACCGGAACCCCCUCCCGUGGUCCAAGAGACGAAGAAGGUUGGUUUUUGGGACAAAAUCAGGGGAAAGGCCAUCCAUGACGACGAGAUACAAGAUCGCAAGCUCGGAUGGCGGGCGCAGGAACCACAAACCGAACACUCCCCUGGGAAAAUCCCUACAGGGCUCGUCCAGGUUAGUGUGCAAUGGAAGGAGGUCGCGUUGCGGAUUGCGAAUGAAAUGGGUCUUUAUGAGAGUCGGCGUGGCCCUGCUCUGUGUCUUACUGUUGAAGUAGGGAGCUGA